AUGGCAUUUUUAUCUAUCUCUCCAGAAAUGUUAUGGUAUUUAAUUGGAUAUUUGGCAGUUAUUCUAAACAUAUCUGCAGCUGUUAAUGCACCAAUUCUUUACUUUAAUAGGUACACAAUUUUGAAUUUUAAACUUAGAGGGCCUCUGUAUACACUAUAUCACCACAAAUCCAUGAUAUCCUAUCCACUUACAUUCAAUUAUUGGAAGCCAAGUCCCCUUAUACUCUCCUUUGAUCCUCCCACCCAUAUCCGUCUAAAUCCAGUCUACUAA